AUGAGUACUGCCAAGAACAUUGGAAGUUUGGGCUCUGAACGGACCCCGGCUCCAGGCGACGUCUCGGAGUCGUUCCAGAAUGGCGAUUUCUCGGCCAAACAUAUGUUGAAACGAUCGGUGGGAACCCGGUCUGCGUAUUUGAGAAGAGAUGACGGUGUUACGAGUGAUGUCCUUGCGUCGAAUCCGAUAACCAUCGCUGGAGGGUUUGCGCCUGGAGCCGACGGUGCCAAUCUUGCCAUACCUAGCUCUUUGGCUGCAAAAAGUUCCGGACCCCAAUCUAGAAGACAGAGCAUGUUGUCAAGCAUCAUAUCUACCACUCCGCGCUAUCCACAGCCGGUAUCGGCCCCGCAAGAGGUGAGACCACCGAGUGUCCCUGUCUCAGUCCAGUCGUCCGUGAUGGAUGUGGAGAACCCAGAACCUGAAGUUGUGAGGGCUGUGGGUAGGCAUUUAGUUGGCGAAUCACCAAGUGCAGCCAAUUCUGUAGGUACUGACAGAAAUUUUGACUCUCUCAGACUGCAGGGAGGCGAUAUGACUAGAGGUAUCUACAACUGGUAUGCUGGACAUGAACGUCAGGAAGGCGAACACCAGAGUCCACUGAAACGGUCCACAAGUGUUGGACAAUUAUCAUCAGAUGAUGCCAGGGAUGAAGGGAUGUCAGUGACUGAUAUGCAAGUACCUGGAGGGUUUAGACGGAGUUUUUUGCUGCACAAAGCACCGCAGUUGGAUGUGGAGGCACAUCCCGAACAGGACGGUACUAGAGCUUACAACAGACGGUUAAACCAAACCAAAAAACCCGAAGGGUUUCUUGCACGUAACUUCAUCGAGUUUCUAGCAGUGUAUGGCCAUUUUGCCGGGGAAGAUUUGAGAGAAAAUGGAGAAGACAGUGAUGCUGAGACCAACUCUAGCGAAGUCGAAACCGAAGACGGCGAAGACGAUGACUCGGAAAUUGCCGUUGCAGUUGACGAGGAGCAAGUAUCGGGUUCUAGCGAGAGAAGACCGCGUUUUUCUUUGUCAAGAACUCCAAAUUACGGUUCUUUUGGCUCCACCAAUGGCACUCUGCAGUUGCAACAGCAACAGCUAUUGCUCUCUGCAAAUGCCAAAUUGCGCAAAAAGAGAUCGAAAGCUCGCACUCAAAAGACCGAGACCUCCAACAGCAAGAAAGUGUCGAAUCAUAAAGCAACUCUUUUGCUGUUGAAAGCGUUCAUUGGAACCGGUGUGGUGUUUCUGCCAAAGUCCUUUUCCAAUGGAGGCUUGCUCUUCUGCAAUGUGAUGUUGCUCAUCUUUUCAUUUGUUUCUUACUAUUGUUUUGUCAUACUGGUAGGAUGUACUACAUCAACUGGAGUUCGUGGGUAUGGUGAACUUGGUGAGAAAUUGUUUGGACCUGCCGUCAAGCUGGCGAUCCUGGCAUCCCUGGUGAUGUCGCAGCUGGGCUUCUCCAGUGCUUACACAGUAUUUGUCGCUGAAAAUCUUCAAUCUUUGGCAAAUACACUGUUCAAACACGAAGGAGAGCAAGGGUUCACUAUUGAAUUUUUUAUUGUGGUGCAAUUGGUGAUAUUCGUUCCGUUGAGUCUCACCAGACAGAUCUCCAAGCUGAGUGCAACUGCUCUAAUUGCAGAUGUGUUUAUUCUUGCUGGCCUGGUUUAUAUUGUCUACUGCUCUUCUUUUCAUCUGGCUGCAGAGGGCAUUUCAAACAAGAUUUCGAUGUUCAAAUCGGAAACUUGGACAUUAUUCGUGGGCACAGCUGUCUUUGCGUUCGAAGGUAUCGGCUUACUUAUACCAGUGAAAGAGUCCAUGGCACGUCCCCAGGACUUUGAAAAAGUGCUUUUUUUCGUCAUGGUGGUGGUCACAGUUGUUUUCACAUCAAUUGCGACUGUUUCGUAUAUGAGUUACGGUGAUGAUGUAAAAACGGUCAUUUUGCUUAAUUUCAAACCGGGUGUGGCUACAGAAGUGGUCCAGUUCCUCUACGCUGCUGCCAUUCUACUCUCGACUCCUUUGCAACUUUUCCCGGCCAUUAAGAUCAUUGAGAACUAUUUUUUUUCUCAGCAUAGACAAACAUGGCAGAAAAAAAUUCGAAGGGAGUCUGAGGCUUCGUCUUUCAGCAAUGGUCUCUAUCCAACCAGCAGUCCACAAAAGCUUCUACUACCAACAGGUUCUAAUCUAAUUAAUCAGGAAGGAAUCCUUUCUGGUAAGUCUGACACAGCAAUCAAAUGGACUAAGAAUCUCGUCAGAUUGAUGGUGGUGAUGCUCAUGUGUUUGAUAAGUUACACUGGCUCCAAUGAUCUGGACAAGUUCGUAUCGCUCAUUGGAAGCUUUACAUGUGUUCCACUGAUCUACAUAUAUCCACCAUUGCUUUAUAUGAAAGCGAAUGAUCUCUCUGCAAGGACUUGGUACUUUUCUGGUACUGUGGCAGUUUUUGGAGUUGUUUUGAUGGUGUACACAAGCUACCAAACCAUUUCGUCCUGGAUUUUGGCAUGA